AUGUUGCCUCUGCAGAUCCUGCAGUACGUGGAGUGCUUCGCGGGCCCGGACAUCACGGCUAUUCACAGCAUGCUCAUCAACAAGCCGCCCGACACAGGCCUGAUGACCUCGCGCCAUCCGCUGCACCAGGCUCUGCACUUAUUCCCUUUCGAGCCUGCGGACCGCAUCGUGUGCGCCUGGACCGCCAUGCAGCACAUCGACCUAGAGAACGACACCCUGGUGGUCCUCCCCGGCACGCACAAGGGAGACCUCAAGCCUCACGCGUACCCAGAGUGGGAGGGAGGUGUGAACAAGCUGUAUCAUGCGGUGCGUGACUUUGAUCCAGCGACCCCACGCUUUCACCUGACGAUGGAAAAGGGCGACACCGUGUGCUUUCACCCUUUGCUUAUCCAUGGCUCCGGAAUUAAUCGCACCGACGGUUUCCGCAAGGCCAUCUCCUGUCAUGUGAGCGGCCAAUGUCAUUACGUUGAUGUGAAGGGCACAAGUCGGGAGAACACCGAGGAGGAGAUCAUUGGCUCGUAUCGCCAUAACUUUGACAAAGAUGCUAAGCCCUCACUCUUGUAAGUUUCCAUUUAUACUUGGAUUUUUCUGUAUUGCUGAUGCU